UAUGCCUACUUUACUUACCAUCUAAUCAAAAAUAAUAAUAAUUAUACUUAAUUUUACAAUUAUCGAGUUAAUUAUUAUUAAUCAAGACUUUUAAAAGUAACAUAGUUAACAAUGUUACCUUAAAGAAGAUCGGCAGUACGGUUCGUCUCAGUCUCAGCCUAUCAACACUCUAGUUUUCUCUUUUACUUCAAAAAAUUGAAAAAGGCGAAACUCUCUCUGCUUGUCAGCACUCAGUCUCGUAACCCACAACACAAACCAACAAAACCUAUUCAACUCCUACUCUUCUUCUUCCCUCUGUCUCUUCCCCCUUGUUAUUUUUUCACAACCACCAUGUCCGAUCCUCCACCCCCUCCGCCGCCACUUCCCCCACCCAUUACCUUCCAUGAACAGCAGCCACCGCCACCCACCCACCAGCCCACCACCCGCGACUACCGAAAAGGUAACUGGACCAUCCAGGAGACUCUAACCCUCAUCACAGCUAAGAGACUCGACGAUGAGCGCCGGACCAAACCCACUCCGAUCUCCAAACCCGGAGAGCUCCGGUGGAAAUGGGUCGAGAACUACUGCUGGGCGCAUGGCUGCCAUCGCAGCCAGAACCAAUGCAACGACAAGUGGGACAAUCUCCUCCGUGACUACAAGAAGAUCCGUCACUACCAUGACUCUUCACCUCCUCAUCUCCCUUCUUACUGGUCGCUAGAAAGGCACCACCGUAAGCUCCAUAAUCUCCCCACCAACAUGUCGCUCGAGGUCUUCCAGGCCCUACACGACGUCGUUCAGCGCAAACACCACAUCCUUCCCAAGCCUCCUCCUCCUCCGCCGCCCCCGCCGCCGCUACCACCUCCUCCUCCUCUCGCUCUCCCUCCCGCCCCACCACCGCCACCUCCACAACACACCGCUGCUUCCCAACAACCCCCGGACGAAACCAUCCCUCCGCCGCCCGACGUGGCUGCUCCCCGCGACGACGAAGCCUCAGUGGAAGUUUCAGAUUCAUCAGAGACAGAAUCCAGCGGAAACGAUCCCAACAACGAAACAAAACGAAGAAAAGUUGGGAAGAUAGGGGCAAGCAUCGUCCGGAGCGCGUCGGUGUUGGCGAAAACCCUAAAGAGCUGCGAGGAGAAGAAGGAGAAGCGGCAUCAGCAGGUAAUGGAACUGGAACAACGAAGACUGCAAAUUGAAGAGAGUCGAAAUGAAAUGAACCGACAAGGGAUUGCCAAUCUCGUUUCCGCCAUGUCCAAUCUUUCUGGAGCUAUUCACUCGCUUAUCUCCACUCAUUACGAUCAAACUUGACUUUUCGUCUUCCUUUUCAUUCAUUUGUUAAAUACAUCUCCGGCUGAUCUUCUUUAAUUAAGCUUCAUUUUUCCAA